UAAAUCACCAUCAGAAUCAUUCAGAUCGUCUCAUCAGGAGAAAGCAAGCACUCCAUUAUGGCUUACAAUAUGCUCACACUUUUGCCAUUUAACAUUUUUUAAGUGAUGUUAAUUUUAAUAAUCGUCAUCAUCGUUCAGACUCAGCAGCAGGACCCUAGCCAUGGCCUAGAAGCUCUUUCCCCUCUUUCCUCUUUCCACUGCUGAGACAUUUAUGUUGACAAGAAACUUUGAAGAAGUUAGACGUUAGAACUUGUGAGUUUGACAACUCCACUGCUGUAGAAUCUGGAGUUCAGUCCAGGGAUGUGAGCCCUACUCUAGAGGUAGAGAGAGAGAGAAAGAGAGAGAGAGAGAGAGCAAAAAAAAUUGCACGAGAAAAAAAAUAUAGCAGAACAUAAAGCAGAAAAACAGAGAGAUAGAUAGAGAGAGAGUGACAGACCAAGAGAGAGACCGAGAGAGAUAGAGAGAAACAGAGAGAAAGAGAGAGAGAGAGAGAGAGAGAGAGAGAAAGAGAGAGAGGGAGAGAGCAAAAAAAUUACACCUGAGACAAAAAAAUAUAGCAGAAAAUAGAGCAGAAAAACAGAGAGAUAGAUAGAGAGAGAGUGACAGACCAAGAGAGAGACAGAGAGAGAUAGAGAGAAACAGAGAGAAAGAGAGAGAAAGAGAGAGAGAGAGAAAGAGAGAGAGGGAGAGAGCAAAAAAAUUACACCUGAGACAAAAAAAUAUAGCAGAACAUAAAGCAGAAAAACAGAGAGAUAGAUAGAGAUACAGAGAGAAAGUGACAGACCAAGAGAGAGAAAGAGAGAGAGACAGAGAGAGACAGACCAAGAGAGAAAGAGAGAGAGAGACAGAGAGAGUGACAGACCACGAGAGAGAAAGAGAGAGAGAGACAGAGAGAGUGACAGACCAAGAGAGAGAGAGAGAGAAAGAGAGAGAGAGAGUUCCUGCUUCUUUAAGUUCUGCGCGUUUUUUAAUGGGAUGGGCCAUUUUCAUAACGUCAUUUCAUUCCUCCCUCUUUUUUUCAUUUCUUCUUCUUCUUUGAUUCUCUCUCUCUCUCUCUCUCUCUCUCUCUCUCUCUCUCUCUCCGGCGUCCUCCUCCCCUGUUUCCUAUAGUGCAUGAGCUCGCCCGAGCCUCCACGUUUUCGGAUCUUUAGUCGGCGGUCAAAUCUCGUGUGCGGCUCCUGCGCGCUUUUUUCUUUUUUUCUUUUCCCCUCCCUUCCUCCCUCCUUCCCUCCCUCUUUCUCGCGCUCUCGCGCGUUCUAUCUCUCUCUGUCCCUGCACGAGCUUUCCAAACUUGGGUUGCUUGCACCGGGAGCGCGAGAGAAGUGCGGCGGCGAUGGUGGAAGCGCCGGCUCUGCUCCUGCUGAUGAAGAAGAAGGAGAAGAUGAUGAUGAUGAUGAUGAUUAACUGUGACUGCUGAUCGCGCUUUCUCCACUCCUUUUCGCGUUUCUCCGUUUUCUCACCAUGAUGUAUUCUCCUCUGUGUCUGACUCAGGAUGAGUUCCAUCCGUUUAUCGAGGCACUGCUGCCACACGUCCGCGCCUUUGCCUACACCUGGUUCAACCUUCAGGCGCGCAAACGCAAGUACUUCAAAAAGCAUGAGAAGCGCAUGACCAAAGAUGAGGAGCGCGCCGUGAAGGAUGAGCUGCUGGGCGAGAAGCCUGAGGUCAAGCAGAAGUGGGCAUCUCGUCUUCUUGCCAAGCUGCGCAAGGACAUCCGACCAGAGUGCCGCGAGGACUUUGUGCUGUCUAUCACAGGCAAGAAAGCACCAUGCUGUGUGCUCUCCAACCCUGACCAGAAAGGCAAGAUGAGAAGGAUCGACUGCCUGAGACAGGCUGACAAAGUAUGGAGACUCGACUUGGUCAUGGUCAUCCUGUUCAAGGGGAUUCCUCUGGAAAGCACAGAUGGAGAGCGUCUGGUCAAGGGGGCACAGUGCUCCAAUCACAUCCUGUGCGUCCAGCCGCACCACAUCAGCGUCUCCGUCAAGGAGCUGGAUCUCUACCUGGCGUACUUCGUGCAGGAGAGAGAGGCAGCGGAGCAGGGCAGUAGUCCUCGCACAGGUAUCGGCUCAGACCAAGAAGAUAGUCGAGCCGCCACAAUGGAUGGGCCCGAGUUUCAGGAGAGCUUUGUCACGUCGGGAGUUUUCAACGUGACCGAACUGGUACAAGUGUCCAGAACACCGGUGGUGACAGGAACAGGGCCAAACUUCUCUCUCGGGGAGCUGCAGGGACACCUGGCUUACGAUCUGAACCCUACAGGUGUGACCAUGAGGAGAACCCUACCCAGCACCUCCUCAAGCGGGAGUAAGAGGCAGAAGUCCAGCUCUGUUGAGGGUGACAUCGACACCAGCCCCGGGGGUGAAUACUACACCUCACCAAACUCUCCCGCUAGCAGUUCCCGAAACUGGCAGGACGAGAUGGAAGGAGGUAUCUCCCCAGUGAAGAAGACUGAGAUGGACAGUCCAUCUCCUCAGGAGAGUUCUCCACGCCUUGGCAGCUUCACACAACAUCACAGACCUGUCAUUGCAGUGCACAGCGGUUUGUGUUUCCCAGCAGGUAUAUCUCGGAGUCCGCACCCAUCAUCGUCGCUGCAUUUUUCCACGGCUCCCAUCCUGCCUCAGCCGACAUCCACCUACUUUCCCCACACGGCCAUCCGCUACCCUCCCCACCUCACCUCACAAGACCCGCUCAAGGACCUGGUCACGAUGGCCUGCGACCCUUCCAAUCAACAGCCCAGUCCGCUGAAUGGCAGUGGUCAGGUGAAGGUCCCCCCCCACUACAUCUCCUCUCAGAUGCUGGCCCCCCCGCCUCCCCCGGCUCUGCCUCGCCUCACGCUGCCCCCUGACUCCAAACCCAGCAGCACCUCGCCAGACGCAGCCGCCUCCUCGCCCACCUCCCCCACAUACUCUGCUCCCGGGACACCACCUGCCAACCGCUUCUCCGUAGGAAUCGGCCCUCGAGACCCUGCGAGUCUGUAUCAGGCUCAGUCCUGGUAUCUGGGGAACUGAUUUGGACUCGGAGGAUACACCAAAGCAGGCGUGGACACGUAUUUUGAUUUUUUUUUGUUGUUGUUGUUGUUGGAAUUUACGAAAAACAAGAACAAGAAGCAGGAGGGAAAAUGUUGAUUAUAUAUGCAGUAUUUGUAUAUAUACAGCAUAUGUGUGUACGAACCGACGCAUAUGUGCACACGUAUAUACGGCUAAAGCUAUAUAAAACGCUUCAGUAAAACUUUUUUUUCCCCGGAAAGACGGUAGAAGAACGGAAUGUCAGAGGAGACUGCGGAUGCAUGAAAAGAGAAGAGAAAAGAGAGAAGAGUAAAGAAGAGAGAGAGAGAGAGGAUGUUUAUUUGGAGGGGUGGCCAUACUGAACCGCAGGCCAGAGACUGAAGCGUGCAGGAGGAAUUUUGGAAAGGGAAAAAAAAAUAAACCACGCCCACUUUGCUUCCCCUUGGCUCCUGGAAACGAAGGGCCCUCCCUCCUCUUCCUCUUCCUCUUCCUCUUCCUCUUCCUCCCUCUGCUACAGGUGCUGCUUUCUCAUAUAUGCAAAAUACCUACGUUUUUUUCCAGGAAAAGGAAGCCCUGAUGAUGGACGGGGUUUUUUUGUAAGCGCUUUAGGACUUUCCCACAUGUUCAGAGCUGAUUGUCUUCUUUUUAUUUCCUAAUUUGGGGUUUUAUUUUCUUUUUAAACAAAUUUGAAUGUGGCCAGAGGUUUUCGGGGCAGAAUGAAGGGUCGAUGACUUCCCCUUAAUAUCCCUUCAGCUAACGUUCGGCCCAAAACGGCCGCUUUUUCUCCAGUUUUAUUAUUGACAAUCAUGUUAUUGUUUUUUUUUUUAAUGCAUCGCAUCUGACAUUUGUAUCAGAGAUCCACUUUUUUAGUGGGUGCCUGAAUUUCUGUUGUUUUUUUUUUCUUUUUCUUCAAACUUUGGUACAUCUGUGGCAUUUGAGGUCACAGUCGGUGUGUGUGUGUGUGUGUUAGGUCGCAUUACGCUCACACACACACACACACACACACACACGCACGCACACAUAUUGACACGCCCUUACAAACAGUCUUCAGAAAUGGCAUGUACUGUUAAUACACUAAGCAGAGGCCGAAUCCAAGCCUUCGGAUGAUUUCGGCGUGUGACCGAGCACCUUUUUGUCUUUUCUGUGUCAUGCUGAAAAUCGUUCACUAUAUGUGUGUGUGUGUGUGUGUGUGUGUGUGUGUGUGUGUGUGUGUGUGGUCCACGUACGUUGCGUUCUUUUUUUUUACGUUAACAUGAAAUUGGAAAACAAGAAAAAAAAAAUCAUAUUUUUAAAAUCUGAGAAAAAUUUAUUUGUAAUUUUUUUUUCCUUAAAAUUAUUUCUAAAAAUGUAAUUAUUGUUCCUUGACAUCCUGGAAGAACCUUUUUCCGUUUUUCCUGAAUGAUCUGAUAAAACUGAGGUCAACAUGUACAUGAUUGAAGCGAUAUUCUUAUAUUGCCGCGCAACCAGAAUCCUGUUUUGUUUUGUUUUUCGUUUGUUUGUUGUUGUUUGUUUAAAUAAAAAAAGCACACAGUGAUCCGUAUUAGCAGCACAUCUGGCACUAACGGCGAUCUUUUAAACGUUAGCCUACCCUCGAGAUCGUUCGUUAAAAAAAAACAAAAUUCGGAAAAAGAAAAGUGAAGGAAUGCAGCGUACCUGGAUCAUGCGUGCGUGUGUGUGUGUGUGUGUGUGUGUGUGUGUGUGUGUGUUUGCGUGGGUGUGUAUGGCGUCCGUACACGUCUAAAGCCCCCGAUUCAUCCUAGUGAACUACUUCCUCAGUAUGUCCUCGAACCGUGUAGAUAAAAGUAGAACUAACAGUGGAGUUAACCUACAGAGCGACAAAGGGAGUAGGUCCUAGAGUUCUGUCACUAAUAAGACAGUAUUGGGUUUAGAAUUGAUUUUUAUUUUGUCUUUUAUCUUUUCUUUUUUGUGUGUAAACUGCAUUGGAAAUUACAGGCAUUGCACUACUUUUAAUUAUUCAUAUGAAUGCUGCAGGCUUGACUUAAAUUGUUUUUUUUUUUUGUUUGUUUUAAUUUUCAAAAUGAAUAGUUGUGUGAUUCUCUUAUCAUGUUAGCUUCAGCGUCCGAACAGAACAAUCCGAUCGAUCCAACGUCCUGCUCAAGUCAGGUAUCCUGACAUCGAUAGUGCCGCCACCACCGUGCUUCCAGGAAUUAUUAUUAUUAUUAUCCUUAUUUCUAUUUAAACCCCCACACUUUUCUGGAUCCUUAUUAUUUUUGCUUUAUUAUCUAAUACACAACACACACACACAGAAAACUGAUUGUAUUUAAGCCAAAUUGCUGACGUUUUAGCCAUGUGGCUCCCAGGAAGCUUUGCAUGGGUCAGCGAGUGUAUUGAUCUCUUUCUCUGGAUUUCUUUAAAGCAGGCUUGUGUGCUGAGUUCCAAAUGUUAGUGAACGAACAUCAGGGCUUAUAAAUCUGCUACCGAACCCAAACUAAUCCCAGAGCCAUGAAAAGUGCCUACAAUGUUGCAAAAGUUUCAGUUGAUUAUUAUUAUUAUUAUUAUUAUUAUUAUUAUUAUUAUUAUUAUUAUUAUUAUUAUUAUUAGGGAUGCAUUGAUAACUCGUCGUCCAUAAAAGGGCCACUUAUUCAACUAGGCUUGUUCUUUUAACACCUGAAGCAUGAAAUCUGUUGGUUUUUACGUGAACUAGCAACAAAAUUCGAUUUAGCUACAUUAGUUAGUUAGCUAGUUAAUAGCUAGCUACAUUUGUCUAGUUGGAUGGGACCGAGCCGCAGCAGAGAAGAGCCCGUUUUGUUUCAUGCGGUUUCUGUAGAGCUGUAAGUAAACUAUGUUUUGUUUUCACCGUGACUUUAUACCUGACUGACGCUUAUUCAACCACGCUAGCAUUUCCUUGAGCGUUGCCCUUUGUUGCUAACUAUGAACUCUUCGUGUCAUACUUUUAAUUGAACGAAUCUUAAAAAAAUGAUCUAGUUUGUUUUACACCCGUUUCCUUGCACAACACUGAGUAUCACCUGAUACCGGGAACAUUUUAGUACGACUGCAAAUCCGUCAGAUUGUUUCCCGAUACGACCGUCGCUAUGACUAUCGAUGCAUCCCUAACUCUUAUUCUCGAUCCUGUGGGACUUCAACACAGGCUACAUAACUACAUAACACACACAAUACCACAUCAACAACAUCAACAGAUCUGCAAGGACUAAAGCUCCGACUUGCUCAGUAGCGUAACUGACAUUUUCACAGAACUUCAAAAGCAUUUCUGUUGGGUUUUUUUUUCACACCAGUUCUUUUGUUUUCAUCCCGAGACCCCGAUUACAUACGACAUGAUUGUGUUCAAGGUGCUGACAUGAGAAUCUCUAUUUAUCAAUUAUAUAUAUAUAUAUAAAAGUGCAUGGUGCUUUCUAAGAGGAAAAAUAUUAAAAAGCUCAGAUGACCACAGUAUCUUUGACAUGGGCGCAUGGCAGAUAAACUUAGUAGAAUCUCUGAAGUUAAGUUCUUACUCGAAACUACCCCACACACCCUUGAAUCCCCACAGUACAGAGCUCAUCAGGAUUGCGAACGGAUGAGAAUUUUUACCUUGAGAUGCGUAACAUCGUUUUUGAAUUUUUACCCCCUGCAACAUCCCUGACACCCAUACUCUACCCUGACACCCAUCCCUCCAAUACUCUGACCCUGAAACAACUCCCCCAUCCCCUUAAUCCCUACCCUGACACCCAUCCCCCAUACUCUGACCCUGACACCCACCCCCCAUACUCUACCCUGACACCCAUCCCUCCAAUACUCUGACCCUGAAACAACUCCCCCAUCCCCUUAAUCCCUACCCUGACACCCAUCCCUCCAUACUUUGACUCUGACACCCAUCCUUCAUCCAUUUACCCCAGAUGCUGACACCCAUCCCCCAUACUCUGACCCUGACACCCACCCCCCAUACACUGACCCUGACACCCACCCCCAUACACUGACCCUGACCCCCAUCCCCCAUACCCUGACCCUGACACCCAUGACCCCCAUACCCUGACCCUGACACCCAUACCCUGACCCUGACACCCAUCCCCCAUACUCUGACCCUGACACCCAACCCCAUACACUGACCCUGACACCCAUCCCCCAUACUCGGACCCUGACACCCACCCCCCAUACUCGGACCCUGACACCCAUCCCCCAUACUCGGACCCUGACACCCACCCCCCAUACACUGACCCUGACACGCAUUCCCCAUACCCUGACCCUGACACCCAUCCCCCAUACUCUGACCCUGACACCCAUCCCCCAUACUCUGACCCUGACACCCAUCCCCCAUACACUGACCCUGACACCCAUCCCCCAUACACUGACCCUGACACCCAUCCCCCAUACACUGACCCUGACACCCAUCCCCCAUACUCUGACCCUGACACCCAUCCCCCAUACACUGACCCUGACACCCACCCCCAUACACUGACCCUGACACCCAUCCCCCAUACUCUGACCCUGACACCCAUCCCCCAUACACUGACCCUGACACCCAUCCCCCAUACUCUGACCCUGACACCCACCCCCCAUACUCUGACCCUGACACCCAUCCCCCAUCCCCUGACCCUGCCACUCAUCCCCCGACCCCUUCGAUUUUGCACGACGUUUUAUAUAACACAUUAUGUGCCUUGCCUUUAGUUAAGAACAAUAAUACAGGAUUGAGAAUUGUAAAUGAAUUUUUUAUGUAACCAAUCGUCACUGGAAAAAAAUAUUACAAAAAAAAUAACGAUGCAUGUUUGCUUGUCACUAUCUGAUUAGGACUGAUCGAGUGCAGUCGACUGAGACGGGUGAGACUGGCUUUCCUUCCCCCUUUGAUACGUUUGCUAGUCGUCUUUCUGCCGCAUGAAAAUUAAAUUCUGAUGGAUUUUUUUCCAUAUUUCUUUAUUUUCACGCAUUUUUCAUUUAUAUUCCUGCAGAUCAGACUGUGACCUUUUACAGUACCUGCUCUUCAUUUUCCAGCCAGAUCGUCACUUUUAUUCAUCCGUGCUGUUGUUCUUAAUGCUUUCUAUCACUCUUUUUUUACUUUUAGAAUGAACGUAGCCUAAAGUACCGACUGAUGCUGACAGCUAGGAACAAAAAAUACACUUUUGAAACUGAAAAAAGAAGGAACGUUGAUAUAUUUAUUUUUUUUUUUUGUAUUUUGCUUUCAGAGCGUUUUAAAAAUGUCUGAAUGGUAAUUUGGGAAUUUCAUUUGGAAAUUUUACUUGGACAAUGACAGGAUUAUUCUAAGAUGCAUCUCAGUUCUAACAAUUCUGCGUCGAUACACAGAUUUCUUUACUACAAAUAAAACAGUUUAAAUCCAAUGUAAACCAAGUCAUCGUAACAAAAAAAGUGAAAAGAACUUUUUUGCUCAUAACUCGUGUACAAUCAUGUCUGAUCCUAGCUAAGCUAGCUAGCUCGAAGAGAAACUUUAGACUUUUAAAUUAAGUUCUUAAAUUCAUUUUUAUGAAUCAGAAAAAAAAAAUGAUCUCAUAUAAAAAUCAUGUGGGGAAAAAAAAAACAUUCCAAACUUGAAGGAAAACUGAGUCUCCUGAGGUGAAAGUAAAUAAUCAGGCUAAUCAUAAUAUUCGCAACAAAAAAAUCCCUCAUCAUGGAAACCCCAAUAUUUCACACACUAGGUACAGCGUUUUAAAAGGUCUAGAAACGAGAUGCAUCCAGAAUCGUUUUAGACUUUAACCAAAUAAUCCUAACGGUAACCAUGACACCCAGAAUCCUCCUCUGUCCGAGACCGUAGCUGUGUCGCUGACUCGUCAUCGGCAUCUUUGCAAUAUUUAGAAAAGCUUGUUUUAAUCAAACGUCCGACGACAAAGGCUUCGGCUUUGUGACGGACUUUACACAACUUUGGCUUCAAGGACAUUAGUUCAGAACUUUGGACCUGUGACUUGAUGACCCCCCAGAUCAGUGUCUACGCGUGUUAACGUGUUGAUGUGGUUUGUUACACUACGACUUCUCUGAUUAGCGAGGAAGCCGUUUCGACUGACAGCCCGUCGGAUUUAUUUUUUUCUCCCGAAUGUCUUUUUGAAUGUUUUUUUUACUACUUAAUUUGUCCAGAAACCCUGACUUGAUGUUUAUAGACACUCUUUUUUUGUAAUGUUAGAAGCUAAUUUAUGACAGAUGACCGGGUAGCGUACGGAGAGUGUGCGGAAUGAGUAGUUGGAUCAUGUGAUAAUCAGUUAAAGGACAUGUUCUAGUUUUCUGAUGAUUCGGUGAGAUGCAGCUCUGGUAGCUUUUAAUAUUUGCUGGUAGUUCGUUUGGAAAAAAAAAAAAAAAAACAAUGAUUCUUUUAAAAAAAAAAAAAAAAAAGUGAAAUUCGAAUAGAACGAGCGUUUUUGUUUACACGAAGCCCGUGGUUAAGAUCUCUUAAGAUCGAUGAUGGAGAGCAAAGUUUGGCUCGCGCUCUGGCUGGAGAGAAGUGCUGCGACAAAACCUGUACCAUCGAACCCCAUAUUACACACACGCAACAAACAGAGCUGACAACAUGCAGCAAGCCACUUUGUUUUUAUUUAACAGAGCAGGUGAUGAGGCCAGAGCUUCUCCCCACCAUGAAGAAAACAAAACACAGCACCUUACGUUUAAGGCACUUAUUCAACUACAGCGUAAUCGCCGUUUUUGAUGAUUUAAUCACCGUUUUUUGAAUGAUAUUUGAAUUGACUCCAAACUCCUUAAAGAAGCUGUAUGUCACUUUUACAGAGAAAAGCAUUGGUGAUGCCUCAGCAGUCUGUUGCUUUCUGAGUCUACAAACGUGAAACGACUGCUCUCUCUCUCUCUCUCUCUCUCUUUCUCUUUCUCUCUCUGUGGGAGGGACGUUAAACUCUGUCUUGUCAAUCAGAGCAUCUAUCCAAUUCAAUUUGAGUAUGUGGAAGAGGGACGAUUAUAAAAAAGCACCCCCCUGUAAGUGUUAAGAUGCCCUGAGAUGCAGAAUGAUGGAGAGAGUUAAUUGGCAAAUGAGCAAAUCGGGAAAAAAGAAUCCCUCCUAAAAAAUUACAGACUGCACCUUUAAUCUUCUGAAAUGCAAUUCCCGUCAUUACGUAUACACAAGUGCACAUGCCCUGUUAAAGGGUCCGAGAUCCCGAUGCUCAUAUCGAGCGCUGUGGCCGUUACCCCGGGGGGGGGCAGAAGCACGUUGCCCAUCACCUGCCCUGUGAGGAUUUGCACUGCUCCACACUCACCUAUCUGAAGCCGUCGGUCCUCCAGCCAGGGUGCGAGCCUGUAGAGAAGCCUGCGAGCGUACCGUCUGCUCUGCUCCUCUUCCCUUUUCUUUCUCAUCCAACAAACUUUUUUUUUUUCUGUAGCAAGAGAGCUCACACACAGACAGGACUGCUGCUGCUCAGCAAGACCACGUCUGUCGUCACCGCCCACGAGUGCAUCGUUUAAUUCAUUUAAAAAAAAAAAAGUGGCCUGUGUGUGACAGCUGACGUCUUUAACGUCUUUGAGCUGGUGCAUGUAUAAAAAAAUAUAAAUAAAAAAAAAUGAUAAAAAAAACAAAUAAAAAAAAAAAAACAGAAAAAACAACAACCCUUGUCAAAUAUUUUUACAGAACUGAAUAACGAGUAAUUGUUAUGCGUAUUGUUACAUUUUGAACACACGACCUUGUGUACUAUAAACGCGUACCGUAUAUAUCUAGUACAGUAUGGAGAAAAAUGUACAGAAAAAUUUUGUAUAAGAAAUAAGAGAUGUUUGUGUUUGUGGUUUGGGUUUAGUUAUCAUAAGCUCGUGGCAAAGCCACAGAAAAUGUUGCAUGUUCCUUCUAAAGGAUCUGCUGUUCGUGGUGUCGAGUCUCGGGACACCGCCGUCGGAAAGCCUUUAAACCCGAGAGCUUCAGGCUUUCGGCUCGGACUCGGGCGGCUCCGGACCUCGACUCCCGUCUUCGAUGCCGUUUCAAACUCAAGCCUCGUUUAGCGUCGAGAGGAUAUGCAAAUUCCAUCACUUUUUCUUUCUUUUUACGAUUCACUAUUUUCACUCGACGAUAAACACUUUUUAUUUCCUUCCGUUCGAAAGAUUGCACUAGAUAACCUGCUAUUGAUUAUUGAUAUUUUGUCUGAGAAUUUUUUUUUUUUAAUGAUGUGUUCUGUAGAAAUAUUUCUGUCCGUCAACCUGAAAGGUGGAUAAUGAAUAGGAGAAAAGUAUCAAAAGAUAGAAAGAUAGAAAGAAAGAGAGAGAGACAGAUAGAGAGGGAAAAUAGCUGCUUUAGAAUGGCUUUUUUUUUACGCUUAGCGUUUUGUUUCUCCUGACAGAAGUCAGAAGUCGUGUCGGAUCGGUAGACGAUUGUCACGGCUUGAUUUGUUUUUUUUGUUUAUCUGUAUUUUUAUGUGAAGACGUGACGAGCAGCACUCGAGCACCUCUGUGAUGAGCGUGCCUUCUCCUUAAACAGGUCAGUAUCGAAUGUUGCCGACGGAGUGAGACGGUGUUUCCUGAUGGUUGGCUGUUAAAGAAGGAGAUCUGUACUUUAUUAUCGGUGUGAAAAAAAGACACGGCCGCGUGGAGCUCGCGACUGAACUGUAACUCUGGAGGACGUCGAGUCGAUGGGGUUCGAAGCGAAACCUCUAUGCACCUCUGUACUGUUUCCUUUCCUCGUACGUAAGGGCUCGACAACUUCUUCAGGGCAGAAUCGGAAUCUGCAACUCACUCAUUUUGUUUGUUUUUGUUUGUUUCGCUCAUGCAUGUGCACAGUAAUCCUGGAACGAUUCGAAAACGCUCCGUAAAACCACGGCUUUAAAAAAAAAAAACAAAAAAAAAACGUUUCGAUAAAACGUAUCCGAACUUAAAGAAAACUCGACCCUGAACCGUUCGCAUGUUCACGAAUUAAUUAUCUAAAUUAACAUAACCUUCAAUAACACCCAAAGAUUUCCUUUGUAACAAAUUCCUGAAGUUUUAUUAAACGUUGUUGUUAGACGUGUUUUUUUUAUUUUUUUAUUUUUUUAUUUUGCUUUUCUAAAUUACCCACAAUUCCAGUGUCUGCUGAGAGAGAGAGAGCGAUGCAGCGGCGCUUUAGUCUUUCAGUCCGGUCCAGUUCCUGGGCUGCUCAAACAGGAUCGAUUUGCAAAGCGUCAACGAUGAUGUCAUAUCCUGUUGUCUCUCGCUAGACUAACCAGUCCCUCUGUGUCACAAAUAUUCCAAUCGAAACUUAUUCCACGUACUUCAGGGUGGAGUUUUUCUUCUUCACUACGACGUGUGGUUGUGUCCUUUAGCGUCGCUUCUCACGCCAUCCAGAGUCACUCACAUAAUAACAAACAUUUAUUCUACUCCGUAUCACUUCAGGUCUGACUUCUGUCUUCUGUUCAUCAAUCCGAUCCCAAAUCCGGCGUCAGACUCCGAGUCGAUAUCAGACUUACUUCUCAUAAUCCAGCCUGACUGUGCCAUGCUAACUCUAACCCGCUUUUCUAUCCAUUUUUAUCCAUCACCAGUAUUCUCUCUCUCUCUCUCUCUCUCUCUCUCUCUUUCUCUCUCUCUCUCUCUCUCCACCUCCUCAAGAAUAAAUACCAGCAGCUCAAAGCAAACACGUGAAAAGACGUCGUAAACCAAAAAAAAAACCCAUCCUCAAUGAGCAGUGCCUGAUCGUUUUUCUUUUUUUUUUUAUCUCUUCCCCUCAGUCUAUAUGAUUGCGAAUGGCUCCGAGAGCCAGAUUUACCCCAAGCCUCUUAAUAACCCAGCGUGACUGGUGCAAUACUCUCACCACAACCAGUCUUUAUUUACCAGGAAUGUCUCUUCUUUUCUUUUUUUCUUGUUUUUCAGCGUUUGUUUUAUGUUGUUAGAAAGGGCUGAAGGCUUGUGGAAGCCUUUCCUCGGCACGGCCACGAGGCUUCAGUGCCUGCUAGUCGCUAGUCUCUGUUCAAAAGGGGUGAAAGCCAUGCUAACGCUUUGCAGUUAUGCAAUAUUUUUUUGAUAAUUCUAUUAAAGUCUGAAAUGCCAAAACACUCUGGCGCGAUGUCUGGGCAACACUUUUUUUUUCUCUCUCUAACGGUGCGCCAUGCGGAGAUGAAAUAAUUAAACCGCGACACAUUGAUAUUAGUAUUUGGGCUCAUCGUGCUCGUGCCCAGUGAUUUUUAUUUCUGUUUUUGAUUUGCUCCUAAACGGUAUUCAUCUCCUGUGGAAAAGGUUUUUGUGGGUUUCUAAAGCAUGCUGUUUCCUCUCCGAUUUGGAGGUUUGACGCGACAACAAAGUGGAGACGAAAUGUUUCUCAGAGAACAUUCUGAUGCAGUGUUAAAUUUUAAGGGUUUUACUGUUUCCUUUUGUUUUUAUUGUUUUUGUUUUCUUUCCUCUCAUUAUUCUUUUUUUUUUUUCGUUUUGUUGUUUUGCGAAUAUUACCAUGGUAGUUAUGCAUUAACCGCUUGCUUGCUGCACAGACACACACUUCACACCAGGAAGGAGCAUGUGGACAUUUAGUUUACACACCACCGUUGUAAUACGACCACACACACACUCAGACACACACACACAGACACACACAACCACACACACACUCUCAGACAUUCACUAUAUACUUUACAAAUGUAACAAAAUCGCAAAAGUCUGAAAUCGGCGAAAGCCGGUUAGUCGUGUUUCUAUAUUAUUUCUUCGUUCACAGAAAAACACACACACACACACACACACACACACACACAUGAAAAUAAACUAAACUUCUCAUGCUUUUGAACUGGUGUGAGGGGAAAUUUACAAAGCUUUGACAAUAUUUCAUUAUAAUUGUAUUCUCUGCCAUCGCUGUUUGCAAAAAAAAAAUCGCUCAUGAAUACAGUACUGGAAGUGAUUAUGUUUCUCUAUGCAAAAAAAAAUAUAAAAAUUAAUAAACAAAGCUAUGCUACAACUCAGACAAAA